CUAUUGCCAUAUUUUAGUGUGCGAAAAGGAACCAAAUUCAAAACGGUUGGAGUAUGGGAGUUAGGUUUUCUUGGUUUUUAUUAUUCGUAGGCCUGAAGUAAAUAUUUUGAAUGAGGGAUAAAUUAUAGACUAAUGCCUAUGAUUAUAUUUUUAUAGUCCGUUCAGUUAUUUUACCGACUCUAUACGAGUAAUUAUUAUAUCGUCCUUUAAUGCUGAACGAACUGUAACUCUUCUGGAGAAGAUAAGACCAUAGACUUAUGAGUUAUAACUAUGGACUUUAGCCAUAGAUAACUGUGACUAUAGAGUAACCACCCACCAUAGAUUAUUAUUAUUAUUGAAGUAAAACUUCUUUACGCACUUACUUAAAUGUGAUGAGCCAGAACAGUGUACGGAGGACUGAGGACCCUAAAAAAUGAAAUUUACUGUUUUAGAAUGGGCAUUAAUAUUAUGAAUGUAGAACUCCCUUUUGGCACUUUGCUAUUGUUAUUUGUUUAUAACACAGUUUGUGAUAUUAUUGUGGCUUUAUACAUUGAGCAUCUCACUUAUAAAGAUAUGUACGCAGCGAAUAACCAUUGAAGUCCUGCUUUAUUUGUCUGUCAUGUGACUUAUCCAAUGUGCCAGGGCAACACAAACAUACCUUGUAAAGUUAUGCGUUGUGUGAAUAUUACGUAUUUUUAUUGGUAAGAGGGAUAGCAGGACCUUACCAAAUUCUGUUAUUUUCGAUGAUGGGCUACAUGUGACGCAGGAAAGGGUCCACCCUCGUCAGGAAUGUUCUGAAACCCUGCGUCCAUACAUGCAGCUCGGAGAAACGGGGGUGAGGCAUCAUGGAGCCGCUCCAGACCCAUGAUGCUGCCUGCGAAGCCGUGGAUAGCGCCACGGCCGGUACUCCUCGCUCUCCGGGAGUGUCCGCAAAUGUGUCAGGAGAGUUUGAAGCCAAUGCAAAGCCGUGAUUACAACGAACCCAGAAGAAAUUACUCGUCUUGAUUUUUACCACGCCCUAGUGUCAGCAGCGCGAUCGUAUUACAAUAAAGGCAGACCCAGAGACUUAAAUACUGAAGAAAGGUUGGAUAUGUUAAAGAAAAUAUUUGGCAACCGCUUUAAUUUUGAAGAAUCGUAUUCUCAUAGAGUAAGAAUUGAAAGGGCAGUAAAUAAUUUUAUAAUCAGGACCGAAAAAAUGUAUGUGGGUUGUAGAAGGUUCUAUAAAUUAUUCGUUCAAAAGCAUAAGAAUUGGCUUGACAAACCCUUCCUGGACGAUUUACCCGAAAAUACGGAAAAUGGUGGUGAUAUCAAGAGCAGCCCUACAUCUGCCUCUCACUCGAAACCUAGCACACGCCAGCAAGCUAAUAAAAGAAAAUGUUUACGACCACUUUUAAACAAAGAGCCACCAAAAAAUACAAAAAAACUAAAUUCAAAAACUGUACUAGCAGAUUCUGUAGAGGCAGGAAGUUGUCACUCCGCUACUAGUACCCAGACAUUGGAAAAUGUCAUAAGCGUUUGGAUUCCUACACCGAAGAAAAUAAAUGAGAUAAAGAGUGAAGUAGACGAUCCGAGUAUCAGAUCUUACAGUCCUGAAGAGGCUUUGUCUUUUAAGAUUGACGUUAAAUUGUCGAUCACCGCGUAUCAAAUUAUUCGGGAACAUGCCAUUCUACUGUGGCCACCUUGCGACCAAGUUAGAAUGGCCAAAAAACUGUGCCAUCCGGCUGGUGACGUACAAGUUAGCGAUGACUGUCUUGAAGCUUCGAUUCCUCUCUUUAAUUUAUUAGAGCACACUUUUCAAAGAAUCGUGCAGACAGCAGACGGUGCUAUAAAUGAAUUUUGUCAUCAAAACAGAUUAUCCCAACUUGAUUGCGUAUUCGAAGGCUCUUGGGGGUUCGAUAGCACUAGCCAUCAAUGUCGUCAAAGACGGCAUCGGACUGAAAUUAAUAAAAGUAACAUACUCGCAACGACGUUUGUCCCCCUGCAGAUUUCGAGUGGUAACCACGGUAUAUGGUUGAAUCCGCGUCCCCAAUCGUACCGCUACUGUCGACCAAUUCGUUUGCAGUAUCGAAAGGAAACGCUCAAGAGGAUACUGAACGAGAAGUCGUAUGUGGAGAAAGAAAUCGACCGUCUAGUACCAGUAAAGGCGACCACGUCACGAGGUAUCGAGCUUUCGGCGUCGGUGUCCCUCACACUUUGUUUGGUUGAUGAAAAAGUUGUUAAUAUAUUGACCGGUACCAAUUCACAAUCGAAAUGCUCAAUAUGUAGAAUAACUAGGAGAGAUUUUAAUAAUUUAGGCAUCGAUUACUCAAAAUUAGCCGAUCCGGACGCUCUCAGACACGGGAUAAUACCCAUCCACGCCUGGGUGAGGGUGUUAGAGUUUUUGCUUGACCUCGGUUACAAAAAAGAUCCUGCGGGCAGCGAGCAAACUAGUGGAAAGUAUGUCGACGCGACUACCGUUGAAGCCCGAAAGAAACAUAUUCAAGAAGAGAUAACAAGUGUGCUGCAACUAUACGUCGACGAAGUAAAAGCUAAUGGCGUCCUGACCAACAACUGGUACACCGCACGGACGGCAUUAUCUGACAAAUGUCGCCACAAAUUUGCUGAUAUCCUAGGCAUAGAGCAUUGGUUGGUGGACGGGCUGCACUUCAUUUUAGUAGCGAUCAGUAGUGGGCUGCCUAUCGAUGCGGACAAGUUUGGGGACGUUUGCCGAGACCUCGCUCACAGAUAUGUGAGCCAAUACGCUUGGCAUCCCAUGACAGUAACCAUACACAAGAUUCUCGUGCACGGAAAGGAUAUUAUAAAGUCAACUAAAUUGGGAAUGCUAUCGCAGCAGUCAGCGCAACCCCGCAACAGAUUUUGGCGGAGCGGCUGCGAUAGAAACCACAAGACAAUAACGACGCAAAGUCAACAUAUCACAGACUUGUUUUACAGAGCAUUGGAAUCAUCGGAUCCUGUAAUUACCGACAUGGGACGUUCUCGUAUAGGAAAAUAUCAGAAGCUAAACAUAACUGAUGAAAUGAAAUCAAUCUUGUUGCCCAUCCAGAAUAGAAAUAAUAUCAACCUAGAUUGUGGAGAUGACGUUCACGUCAGUGACAAAGAAAGUGAUGAUGAUGGUGAUGAGGAUGAUGAUGAUGACGAUGAUGAUGACUUGAACGGAUUUUGCCUUGACCGAGAAGACUUAGAUUAAGCAAAAGAGGAAUCUAGUGACCCCAGUUGCCUCUACAUCGUUAUAAACCUAAAAUUCAUAAUCAUUUAUUCUGAUUAAGAAAACAAGUCAGUCCUACCAAACCUGUUUAACCCCUGUCGAAGUCCAUGUACUUUAACAGGGGUUAAACAGGUUUUUUAAAAGCUGAUGGUCGAUUU